GCUGUUUUGACAUCAGUUUUAUUAUUAAAAAAUAAGUACAUAAAGCCAAGAAAAAAACAACAUCAUCAACACAACAAAAAUUACAUUAUUCAAACCAGUAUUUGUCUGAUAUUGACAUCAAGAGCACUCUUUGCUUGAUGUGCUCGCCUGUUAAUCUGCUCCUAUCAUUCGGCACAGCCAAAUUCACCAUUGAAGCUACUCUUUCAGAUGACACUGAAGCUUGGCAAAUCAAAUAUUUUAGGGCGAUAUCCGAGAGAACCGGCGUGAAGUGUCGGCAAUUUACCCAGAACUUGAUUGGAUCAGAUUUUCUUUCUAAAAGUGGUUGGUCCAAAUACUGCUUCAGUUCAUUGGGGACACAGCCACUGCUUGGAACUGACUCAAGUACCAUACCAACACUCCAACACACGCAGUCAGUGAUACCAACCAAACCAAACCAACAAGCAGUGUCAUUGUCAUAGAUGAACAAAAUAGACAAGCAGGUCAUAGACUAUAGAGUGUAAUUUUUGUUUGCGUUUGAAUUAAAUUUAAGAAAUCAGAUUGGUCAAAGACAUGAUGUGACGCAUGAGCAGACAGCAGAGCUUUAAAAAAUAUAUCGAUUUUGAUACCUAAAAAUAAAUAUCGAAAGUUGAUAUAUCGCGGGAAAAAAUAUCGCUGAUUUAUAUCGAUAUUUUUCUGAAAAAAUAUCGAUAUUUUGAUAUAUCGAUAUUUUUUGCCCAAGCCUAUUUCGUUUUGCAUUCAGCAGCCAUUCCGGCUUGUUGGAAAAAGAACAUUUAUUAUAAUAUUUUGGAUUUAUACCAAAACACGAAGGCCUAAAUGUUGAAAUACAAUGGUAAGCUGCGCUGUAACUAAUUGUAAGAACACGUCGGCAAAGAUAUCAAAAGAUAAAGAUGGAAUUACGUUCCACAGGUUUCCCCGUGAUAAAGAGAGAAGGAAGCAGUGGGAGUUAGCGGUGAAUAGAGAAAAGGAAUGGAGUUCCACUGCCUCUAGUGCAGUUUGUUCUGAACAUUUCGAAGCUAAGGACUUUUACUUGACGGAGAGUGGACUGCGGCGAUUGGCAGUAGACGCUGUACCGGCUAUUAAUAUAUCUCCAUGUCAAGAACUAGAGCCAACAAUAUCCCGCGUCCAACCCAUAGACAUACAACCAAAAGACUCUGAAGAGGUAAUAAAACUCAAAUACAAGGUCCACAGACUAGAAAUAAUUGCAGAAAAUAGAAAAAAAAGACUGAACCUUAUGCGGCAAGGAAAGAAGCAACUGCGGAGAAAGUUAGAACGCAUGAAACUAUUGAUAAAGCAUUUGAUUAAAAGUAAAAAAGAUGAUGGAGUUAACUUAAGCAAAGAAAUUGAUAGAUAGUACUAAAAUAUUUUAGAAUAACUUUAAGAAAAAUAAUUCUAACUAAAUCAUGGUAAAUCUCUAAAAAUGUCUGUGAGCUGUUUCGUUGCAAAAGCUAAAAUUUUUGAUGGCCCACAAUUAGGCCAAUACUGAAAGAUUAAGGUGAAUGCAAUGACAAGUAGGACAUUAAUUUAAAUAAAAUGGUGAGGAUACUUUACCUAAGUCAAUAUCAGACAUGAGUUGUGAUAUUUUCAUUUAAGUAUUUGUGCUUAUCAUAUACUUCAAAGUAAUUUUAAAACUCUGAAAGUAAUUUUUUAUUCAAAAGUUUCUUAAAAUUGUAUUAUUUUUUGCAUUAAACAUUUUUUGGAGGAACAUUUGAAUUGAAAAUACUGUCGCCAUAUUUUGUUCCAUAUUAAUAACGCAAGGAAGAUAAAACAUUAGAAGGAGAAUGCAACACAAGCAAAGAUGAAACAUUAGAAGAAUAUAAAUACAGUGUAAAAAAACAGACUUGAAGAAGUUAAUAAUUCAAUUUUAUUUAAUCUGUUAGUAUUGUGAAUCUCCUAUACAUAUUUAUUUUUAACAAAAAGUGUUGCAUCUUAAUACGGUAUUUCAAGAAUCUAGAACAGAUUAAAAUAAACAAAAAUGUAAAAAUA